GCGGUGAGACUGACUAAACACGUGUUAAUUCUCUCGUCCUGCUCUGCUGUUUUUCUUUAAAGUCUGUGUAUGUAUGGAAUUCAGCUGAAUGUCCAAUAAGAUCCAAUAGUUCCAGUUAUCAGUGGCUGUAUUGUACGUGUUUGGCCUCUUACUGUGCCUGAUAGACAAAUGCAUGAUGUAAACUUGUAUUCAUUUGUUUUACGUAGUUUGAGAGAGCAACUCUUUGGUGAAUUAGACUGUGAGGUUUGUUAAUAUGAUAUUUUGGUGACAUAAUCUUUGUGGACACAGCAGCACUCUUCCACAACGUGUAUUGUGGCUCAUUCUGCCUUUUUGGGCAAUGCAGGAUUUUUGUUGUUUUUGUUAAUCAAAUUAGAUUUGCAAAACGUUUCAGUUUCAUGGCAUUGUAUCAAACAUUUUUACUACUUUUUAUUUGUGUUGAGUCCCGUUAAAUAUCAGGUCUCAGUUUGUUUAAAGGGCAUUUAUUAGGAGGUCAGAUUGUCCGAUUGAUCUGGGCCAUGUAUUGGUUUGAUAAUCUGCCAAGCAGCUAUGUUUAUCACUGGUCAGUGACUCUGGAGAGCCCUGAGGAUCUGCCCAUCUGCCUGCUAAGUGGCUCUUAUUGCAAGCUGUUGCAGCGCUGUGAAUUGAUUGGCGUAAAUGUCAGUCCAUUAAUAAGACAUGGGGCGAGCUCGACUUUCAGUACGACACUUGACGCUUGUGUUUCACCUGUGGGGAGCCAAGCAGGAAGGAAUCAGCAGAGAGGAAAUAGCCGGAACAUGCUUGCGUCAUUUGGGCAGCGGCAGCAUACAAAAAAGCUGCUAGGAACAUGGAAAAGGCCGAGCACUAUGAAGAAUGAUUACACUUAAUCAUCAAUAAACAGAUAUUAUGACAUUUAGAGGCUUGACACACAUUCAUUAAGGGUUAUACAAACAGCAGAGCUUUUGUGCCACAGUCAACAAAAAGGACAUGAAGUGAAAUAUGGCUGAACGUCUGUAUGGAGAAUAAACCUGUGCAGCAUCAAAAUGUUGACUCUAUUGGGUGGGGGACAUAAAGAGACCUGAUAUGAAUCUGCCAGUGUUGACAAGAACAUACUCUCAUUUAACCGUAAUUGUAACCUGCAGACUAUUCAGCUGGUAAAUAGGUCAAUGAGCACACUGGCAUACUCAUUUACCUUCGGCCUGUUUGAAGACACUGGUCCCAGCCAACAGUACACACAGUGCUGUCUACAAUUCCUUCUUCAAAAUGGAGUUAGCUCAAGUGUUUAAAUGACAUUCAAACUUUUAACAGGUCACCAUUUAAAAUGUAUUGUAAUUAAAUAACAUUUUUUUUGCAAGCGGCAACCUCCGGUGCUGAGAAAUGAAGUGCCAAAACUUGCAGUUCCUCAAAUGGCCACUUAAGGCUGACAUCAAAAGCAAGUCAAUCUCCAUAGACCCCAUGUUAAAAUGCUGAACUUUACAGCAGAUGUAAAUAUGUUUACAGUCUAGUAUAAACAAAUGUUUUGGUCUCUAUGUAAUUUCCCCGUCCAUGACAACUGUACGGGUGUGAAUUGUUAUAUAACUCAGCCGUUUAAAUUAUAUUAAGGCUUACUGCUGAUUUUUUCCAAGACCACAGCUGCCGGUAUAUCACUAAAUUGCGUGUGCAUUGUUUGAUUUAUUUGUUGAUAUCAUUACUGUGAGAAGAUGCAACACUUCCUGCUUGCAAUGCAACCAAUAACGUGACUUAUUUCUAUUUCUAUUUUUUUUGUAACCGUUAACGGCUGUCACACAUCCCCGCCCCUCUUCACACGCGGUAGACAGGAGAAAGCUCUGGCUGUCUUGGAAGAGAUUUGAGCUAAAUCUUUGGCAAAAACAAAUUUGGAUACCUAGAAGCACACAGCAGCACUGGGACUCUCGCUGAUCUGGUUCUUAACUAGGUCUUGGCUUGCCUUUGUCUUGGUCUUGACUUGGUCUCAACCCCUCAAAGUCUUGGUCUCUCGGUCUUGAUGUACUCUGGUCUUGGUCAUGACUUAGUCUUGGUUUAGGACAUCCUUACAAGACUGCCAUCGCGGGUUUUGUAGAGACCAAAAUCAGAGCCCAAAGAGAGUAAAUACUGGACUUACAUUCACCAGGUGGCCAGAAACAAAACUCCAAAUGAAUGAUAAUGUUGCUCUGUAACUGCCAGAUGUGUAAAUAAGCAACUGUUUGCUAACAGGUUCCCCAUUUGAACUUAAUAGGUGAUGAUAUAUCAAUGUUGUGUAGAUUCUGGAUUUCUAGUAAACAGGCUUUUUAGAGUGUACAAGUAGUUUAGAAUUGUUUUGUUUGUGACCAGACACAAGUUAUUAUUCAGAGCAGAGUAUUGCCUGUCUUACAAUAUGUCUAGAGUGAAUCUUUAUUGUGUAGAUUUGUGUGGUGACAUUGGUUUAAUCUAAAUCACUGGUAGCACUGACAAAAAACUAUUUGCAUGCCCCUAUUUAGGGUACUCUCACCUCUGUUACUACUUAACAGGUUUGUUCUAAAACAUUCCAGGCUAAAUUCACAGCAUGUUGACCAACUCUUAGCAUGGUGCUGUCGAGAAUAGCAUUACUGAUCUUUGACCCUGCAGUAAAUCAGCGCCUGUAAUUGGUGGGUGUAGUUAAUGCCAGUCUGGUCAACAAGCUGUAAUGUUAGGGGGUAAAUCAAGUCACGCAGACUCUUUGAUAUGAGAUUUAAUAAUUAACUUCUCAGAUAGGUGUUUUCAUUUUAUUUGCCUUAUUGCAGGACACUUUUGGACACAAAAUGUAAUUUCACAAGUAACGUUUGACCACUAUUGCACUUCUUGCAGAGAAAGGCACUAUUGUUAAAUAUACUGUAAAACACCAUUCACUAUUCAUACAAAAUUGAUGUGAAUAUUGAACAGUAUAGUUGACUGUGAAGUCUACAGAUAGAGCAUGAAAAGAAACGCCCCACACACGUAUUCAUGUCACUUCCUUAUUGCUGUGCUGGUCUUUUCAGCUUGCAUACGAGUGUUUUGUGUCAUCUGUUCUUUCUACUGCAACGGGCAACAUGUGGAGUUUAGAACAGAGGAAAAAAUACUCCAACUCCAAUUAUAUCAUGCAUGAGACGUCGCAGUAUCAUGUUGAGCAUCUCUCCACGUUCAUAAUGGACAAGACGGAGUCCAUUACUACAGUGGACGAUGCUAUCAAGAAACUGGUCCUUCUUGACACAAAAGACAAAAUCUGGACCCAGGAGAUGCUCCUGCAGGUCACCGACAAAGCGGUCAGGCUGCUGGACUGUGACACACAGGAAGAGUUGGAGAACUUCCCUCUCGCCACAAUCCACAUGAGUCAGACGGUCCUGAAUCAGACACGUUACCCCUCUGUCCUCCUGCUGGUGUGUCAGGACAAGGAGCAGCACAAACCCGACGUCCACUUCUUCCACUGUGACGAGGUGGAGGCUGAGAUGGUCCAUGCAGAUAUAGACAGUGCCAUUGGAGACAACAAGCAUGGAAAGAAAAUGAGGCUUCAGACUCUGAAGGUGAAUCAGGAGAAAAUGAAGCGCCACAGAGAAACUAUCCUUCCCACCUCGGCCCCUAAGGGCCCCUCACCUGCUGCGAAAGGACGCGCGGCAGCCAUGAACACACAGGAUCGACGAGCCUCCAGACAAAAUGACACAGAGUCACAUGAAAAGCUGGCCCAGCGCAUUGAGAAGGAUGUGCAAAUCCUCAACUGUUCCCUGGAUGACAUUGAGAUCUUUGUGGCGCGGCUGCAAAAGGCAACGGAGGCCUUUUCUCAGCUCAACCAGCGCAACAAGAGUAAGAAGAAUAAGAAGAAAGGACCAGCAGAUGGCAUGCUGACCCUGCGAGCCAAGCCCCCCACUGAAGCAGAGUUCAUUGAUAGCCUGCAGAAACUGAAGCUGGCCCUCAACCUCUUGGCCAAACUGAAGAAACACAUACAGAAUCCAAGUGCGUCUGAGCUGGUUCAUUUCCUCUUCGGCCCCCUGGAGCUGGUGCUGCAGAGCUGUGGGAGUCCUGACCUUGUGCGUUCAGUAAUCUCCCCUCACCUCUCCAAAAACACUGUCGACUUCCUGCGGGGACACCUCUCCCCCAAAGAGAUGACCAUCUUUGAGCUGCUGGGGGAUGGAUGGACCAAACCCAGAGCGGAGUGGCCCAGGGAUCAGUGUGCGCCUCCUUAUCACCCUAAGUUUCGUAAUGGCUGGGAGCCGCCGCUGGAGCUCCUCAGGGCGGCCCCAUGGGAAACAGAGGGACCCACGGGGCCAACGGGGUCUCUCACCAGCCCCGAUUACAGAAGACAUUCAGCUGAAGACUAUUAUGGAACACAUGCCUCAAACUCAUCAAAUGGGUCUCACAAUGGGAUGCCCCCCACUCGCAAAUAUGCCAAAAUUCGCUACCACUUCGUAGCACGGAAUGCCAACGAGUUGUCAGUGCUGCAGGAUGAAAUCCUCGAGGUGAUAGAGGAUAACAAACAGUGGUGGAAACUACGGAAUCGCAGUGGUCAGGCCGGCUACGUCCCGUUUAACAUCCUGGACGUGGUGAAGAUCGAGGAGCCGGAAGCCGUCUACAACCAGCCAGGCUACAGUACGUCACCUCCCGUUUCUCUGAGCCAUGGAGACAGCUUCAACAAGGGUAGACCCAAAGACAAAAUGAUGGAUGAAGUCAACAAUGAGUUAUUGAUGAUGAUCACUGCUAACAAAAGCCAGCCGGCCGCCAGGAAGUUCCGUGUGGAGCGAUCGUCUGGCAGCCAAGUACCGCUCACGUUUGACUCAAACCCGGAGCAGGUGACAGAAUGGCUCAGCGCAAAAGGUUUCUCUAAAGCGACUGUUGAAUGUUUGGGGAUCCUGACUGGAGCUCAACUCUUUUCCCUCAACAAAGAAGAACUGAAGGCGGUGUGCGAAGAAGAAGGUGGACGUGUCUAUUGUCAGGUCACCGUGCAGAAAGCACAGCUGGAGAAGACCAGCGGGGCCUCAGAACUGCAGGAGAUCAUGAAGCGGCGGCAGGAGAGGAUCGACUCUGGCAACAUAGACUGAACCUGCUGAGCAGGACGACCCAUCCAGAUGCUUUCACGCUCUCACAGCAGCAGCUUCUGUAAUCAAUCUUCUGCUAAUUAUGACCCACAGUAGAACAUACUGAGAUGCUGUAUACAUUUUUAAUUGUAUAUUUAUUUUGUAUCACCCAACGUGUAUGUAUUCCAGUGUUUUCUUAUCUAAUUAUGUUGCUUUGGUUUUCAUUGUCUCAUUAAAUGUUGUUGUCGUAUGAACAGAGGAACAUAUGAAUCGAUGCAGUUUUGUGUGCGAGUGUGUGUGUGGGAGCAUGUGUAAGCACAACAUGCAUGUAAUGUAUAUAUUUGUAUGAGCAGUGUUAAUGUUUGUGCGCAUUGGUGUUAUUCCAGCUAUUUACUGAAUGACUAGAUCUUAGCUAUCGCAUAUCUAAAUCUGUGCCAGAAUGUUUGACACAAUUUCUGAUAUAUAGCCAAUUAUUUUCAUAUUACUGUUUUACAGGUACAAUAAAUAGUAAAACACACUCUAUGUAUGUCAGAAGUAUAGUCUCAUCCUGUUGGUAACUGUAGAGCAGCAGUAGGUAUUAACAUGAUUAAUGUUGCUGAUUAUAAUCAGAAUUCAGACAGCGAGAAACUGUCAAUAAUCUUGCAUGAAGUUAUUAAUUAGUCAAUGACAGUGAGACGCUGUGAUGAAUGUGUUUUUAUGCAGCAUGAUAUGUUGCAGUGUAAACUGUACAGACACAGGAAUGAUGAAUAUAUGAGAUUAUCUGAUAUAAAAUAAUUAAAUGAAGAUUUAGGUAAAACAUUCAAAGACGGUUGUAAAUAUUAUGGGACAAAAUUGUUUAAAAAGAAUAUUUAAAAGAAAAUAAACUUGGAAAAUAUUUGAUAUC